AUGGACGAUCUCUUCAAGCCCAUCAAAUCCACCCGCAAGGUCCAGAGUAAUAUUGACAGAUUCGAGACUUUGUCACUGAGAGACACUUCAGCCUCGCGACCAAACAGUGGCAAACCCAAAGUCUCCAUUCUUGAUCUGUCGUCCGAGGUUGACGACAAUGCGAGUGACGAGUUCAGUCUACGCCCAUCGAUUGACUCUUCCAACAGCUCCGUCUCCAUCAAGUCAAGCCAUCAGACUCACAAACGCCAUGCAUCAACAGCCUUCCACCAGAAAUCCUACCUUGACAACACCGCCCCUGCAUCCCUGCCAAAUGAUGCCCGCGAAAUCCUUAAGAGCCAGCCUGAUCAAGACGACCUAAGUGCAGUCCUGCAAUACCUUCAAUAUGGCAUAGAAGGGAAACAUGAUUUCAAUAUCCGGCUCCCCAGUCCAAAAGCCUCGCAAAUCGUCAAUGUUCUCGUCACUGUUACCAUCCCCGACCAAUGGACUCAUUUGGAGGACGGACAGCUGACCAAGAUUCAAGCGCAGAUUAAGAGGUCUUUGAUCGCUUGCCUAAGGAGUGUGGCAGGACUUGGGGCUCUCUUGAUGCAAAUCAGGCAACACUCUGUCUCGAAGCCCGGCGCAGCAAAUCCGUUGCUGACAGAUGCUGUUUCGGUUCUGUCGUCGGUACUUUCUGGUACCACAGUGUUGAAAGAUUUCCUGUCCGAUGCUGUGAGGCUAUUCGAUAACGAUACACGGCGUCGCGUCUUCUGGCAGGAAGUUACUUCCCUUUUCGCUGGGAGUCGAAUCUUCUCAACAUUGUCUCAAGCCUUUGCGACUAUACACAAGCAUGUACCUCGGAAGGACAAGGUAUCUUGGCUUGCAGAUGGUCGUGAAUACUCGAAAUGGCUGGCAAGAAACAUCGCAAUGGCUGCUAUUGAUUCGUCCUCAACGUCUGCAGCGGAUACAUUGCGGAUGGACAUGCUUUGUCAGGUCUCCAAACGUGGCCUUAGUCUUGGCUACCGUGAUGCACUAGUUAUCGAACUGUAUUCCUCACUCCUUCUUGGUGAUCGAGCUUUGUGGACGGUGAUGCACACCUUGCUCCAAGGUCUAAGCGCCUAUGACCAGAAAAGCUUUUUCGAUGCCAUUCUCCGCGAUCUGGCUCGAAGAUACUUGCGGAUUCAUGUGGACGUGCAGGAAAAGGAAGUACUCUUGGCGAACACAUCUACAGUUGGAGGUGUUGCAGCUAUGAUCAGUGGCCUGGUGCAAAGUAACACAGUUUUGCGAGCACACCUCACCCGUUGGUUAACGGCGACGGACGGGGAGUAUGCUGGGCUAGGACUGGACACUCGAAGAGCAGUCAUGGCAACAGUUUCUCAAGACCAAGACCAGCUGCAGACUAUUCUUGGGAAAUCUUUAGAGAAGUUUGGUGACAAGUUACGGAUUCAGCACGACCCCAUUCUGCAACAAGAAUCAAUUGCUCAAUCCAUUCUUCUUGCUCUCGGCCAUCUGGAAAGAUGCAACCGUGAAGCUGUCAAGCAAACAUCAAGCUCCGGUCUCUUUCUCGGGGUAGUUUCCAACCGCCUGUCCGCAUCUGUACCUCGCGCUCGAUUCCUAGGCAUGCUAGUGGCAGUUGCAUUGUCAAGGAUGGUGGACAAGCCCGGCCAAAUCAUGAAUUUCGGAGUAGAGGAAAUGGAAGGAGAAGAGGCUGAACGAUGGCUAGAUCUCCCCACUCUGCAAGACCACGUUGGUGAUUCGAGCGAUCUGCGGAAAGAGAGGCCGAGCGCACACAAACCCGCCCGUACUCUCACAAAGUCACCUCGUCAGCGGCGAAUACCUCCAGAUUCACAACCCACAGGUGCGAAGAUCAUCGCCAUUGAGGAGCUUCCUGAUUCGGACGACUCAGCCUCUGAAGACGAAGAUGAUCCCAGUCUCCGUCCAUAUGCUCGCCCGGAUAGCGACCCAUCCGACUCGGAGGAGGAUCCCACGCUCAUCAACAGAAACAAGCCAGCCGCGCCUGUCUAUAUCACUUCCUUGGUCAAGCAGCUCAACACUACUGAUGAUCCGGACGUCGUGGAACUGGCAUUGAAGACAGCACCAGCGUUGAUACGCAGAAAGGCGAACUUCGGUGAUGAGCUGUCCUCCAAUCUCCUACCAUUGGCUUCGUCUCUACUCAACCUCCAGGACGGCAUGUCGAAGCAAGACAUGCACCAAUUGCGCGUCGACGCGUUGAUCGCAUGUCUAGUGUCAAGACCCAGUGUCAUGGGUCCUUGGGCUGCCAGCACAUACUUCGAGGGCGACUUCUCCCUCUCUCAGCGUGCACUCCUACUGACAGUCGUUGGCUUGGGCUCAAGAGAGAUUGCGGGCAUUGACGAUGAGCUUAACACCGCUAUUCCUCCCGCGGCGGUCGAAUCGGCGUUUCCGUCGAAGCGCCUCCCUCCUCGCCUCGAGUCGAAUUACUCCACGGGCGAUUUCCUGAUCAACACUCUUUCGACCAAGCUUUCGCACCAAACCCUUCGGCCCCUGGCCCUCUCGGCUGCUGAUGAACUUACUGGACCGGACAUCUUGAAGGUGCGAACAUUCUCAUCGCGUAUGGCCGUAGCUGCCAAAGAAUCCGCCAAAGUCGAAGCCCGCUCGAAACGCAUCCCCAAAGACCUGCACAAGGUGCUUGCCGAGUCAAUAUACCUGCCGAUCUGUUCGCGACUUAUUUUGCUGAUAUCUGCACUACCUACAUCACCACACCUUACACAUUCGACGCUGGUGCAUCCUUCGCUGCUGAGGCUUAGUUUGCAGACUCUCAUUGUCAUUGUCUCCACGCUCGGUCCAAAUGCUAUGCAACUCCCCACUGUCACACGCGAAACCCUUCUUCUACUGACGGCGGUACAUACCAGUCCUUCCGUCGCGCAUGAUCCAAUCGUUCUUCCUGCAAUACUACACCUACUUCUCACCAUCCUUGACCUGAAUGUGGAAGCUGGUUCGACAGCUGAAGAACGGCUUGUCACGGACUUUGGCCCCAUGAUUGCUGAGCUUGUAUCCUGGGCCGCUGACUUGGGUACCCGAGUAUCGAUCCCCGAAGUACAUGCCGAUGAAGGUUUGGGAAUGGGAAUGCCAUGGACUAUUCUAGUCGCAGGGAUUCAGGUCAAAUGGCAGGAGGUUGGAAGGAAAUUUCAAGGCCGCAUGCUUGGCUUGAUGGCAUCUACUGAUUUUGAUAAGUUUUGA